AUGGCUGAAUUUAUUUUAAGCAGUCAAAACAAUCAAUUACUAAUUUUUGAAUCAUUUAUAUUUCAACGAGAAAAGCUUAUUAACGAUACAAGUUAUUGGCGUUGUGUUAAAUUCCACUUGGAGGAGUGCAAUGGAAGGGCAAGGACAAAAUCUGGAGUUAUAUUUCAUAAUCAAAUGCAUAAUCAUGUUCCAGACAUUGCCGAAAUUGAAGCAAGGAAAGAAAUAAAUCAAAUAAAGGAAAAGGCAACUACCUCGCAAACUCUACCCAAUAAUAUAAUAGCGGAUAUAACAACCAAUAUAUCUACAGCAGCUAUGGGGAGAAUGCCAAGUUGUUCCUUAAUCAAAAGAACAAUUCAAAGAAAACGACGCCUAGUAGGAAGGGCGCCUACUGUUCCUGUUAAUUUAAUUGAACUAAUAAUCCCUAUUGAAUAUCAAAUAAAUAAUAACGGGCAACAAUUUUUAUUAUAUGAUAGCGGUCACCAUGAUCAUCGAUGCCUAAUAUUUUCAACAGUGAAAAAUAUACAGUUCCUAUCAACGUGCGACAAAUGGUACGCAGAUGGCACCUUCAAAACAUGCCCUCCACUCUUUCAACAAAUCUAUACCAUCCAUGGGAUGAAAUACGACACGAUUAUUCCUGCCGUUUAUAUCCUUAUGGCGUCGCGUCGCCAUCAAAAUUAUUUAAAUAUUUUCGAAAAAAUUAAAAAUUUCGAAAUUCAUCUUGAUCCUAGGUCUAUAAUGACAGACUUUGAAUUGGCAGCCAUAUCAGCUUUCAACCAAUCUUUUCCGUUGGCUGAUAACCGUGGAUAUGUUAUUAUCACUGGCAUAUGUGCCAGUGGAUGA